GACGUACAGACGUGCCCCGAUAACUCUCACAAACAGAUCGACGCAUGCCUGAAAAGUUCUCGCGAUCCCUUCGCUUACUUUCGCAACUCCACAACAGAAAAUUUAAUGCUAUAAGAAAAAGUUUAUCUAUUCAAUUGUUUUGUUUCCUUUAAGAAAGUAGGAUUUGGAACCUCUUCUUUUUUCAAAUUAAGCAGUUCUAUUUUUGAAAGAAAAGAAAAAUAAUAAAUUCAGGCAGUGACUUUUUAAAUGGUUCUUUUUGAAGUGAUCUGUCAAAAUAGGUGGAGAAAAUGCAGACAUUGAAAAUGAACAAUGGACAGACACACGUUUCUCGUGCAGUGGUUUUGACGUAAAUUGGACGUUAUGUUCUUAUCACAUAAAGCGAAUUUUGCGUAUCCUGAUGCCUUUUUAUGAUGAUAUGGUGCCGGAGGCCGGUAUGAAUUUGACGGUGAACGCGUCCGUCAGGAUGAUCAUAGAGGCUUCCAGGGGCAUCCAGCAACCGAACGUCCUCCUAGAGAAGUUCUCGCAGAACAGGAAGGUCGACGACCCUACCAGAGCUCUGCUCCUCACCUUCUAUGGCAUCCUGGUUGUUAUCGGCGCCGUUGGAAAUGCACUCGUUGUCAUAUCGGUAGUCAGAAAACCGGUGAUGAGAACGGCCAGGAACAUGUUCAUCGUCAACCUGGCUGUGUCUGACGCGCUGGUCUGCUGCGUGGGCACACCUCUCACUCUGAUGGAACUCCUGACGAAGCACUGGCCUCUACCCGACUGGCCUAGCUUGUGUAAGGCCUGUGGAGCGAUUCAAGCGAUAUCCAUCUUCGUGUCUACGAUUUCUAUUACUGCGAUAGCCUUGGAUAGAUAUCAGCUGAUCGUGUAUCCGACGCGGCCUGGUCUUCAAACGAUGGGGGCACUCAUCACCAUGUUCUUCAUAUGGCUGACAGCAUUCACCCUCGCUUCCCCACUGUACAUAUUCAGAAGUCUGAAAACUCAUAAAUUAGGUUUAAUAGGGAUGGACUCCCUCAGUUUCUGCAUUGAAGACUGGCCCAUCAGGAACGGACGGGCCAUAUACUCGCUGUUUAGCUUAAUUUUCCAGUACGUAGUGCCAGUUUUAGUAGUUAUAAUAGCCCAUGUCCAGAUCCAUAGGAGACUCCGUGGUCGGAGAAGGACGACCAGGAAAACACCAGCGAUACUGAUAGCGAUCGCUGCCACGUACGUCAUCAGUUGGAUGCCACUGAACGUAUUCAAUUUAGUGGCAGAUUUUAGUCCAGAACCCUUUAUGGACGAGAAAACGAUGACAAUAACUUACGCGGUUUGUCACAUGUUCGGCAUGUCCAGCGCUGUGUCGAAUCCUCUCCUCUACGGUUGGUUGAACGACAACUUCAGAAAAGAGUUCGAAGAGAUACUGUGCUGCUGUCAAAAGCCCAGCGACAUUAAGAACAACACUAGGGUAAAGAGCAGGAAAAUGGAAACAGAACUGACGGCCCUGGCGCAGUUGGAGCACACGGUGUCAGCGAACACGAAGACCUCGCAGUGCUCACAGAUUUUCUGACUAAAGACUUGCUUCAAAUAGCAAGAGACGAGCAGUGUGGAGAUGCACAACUUCUGAACUGACUUCAGUGUCAAUUUGUUCUGUGACUGCUUUAGUUUUGUUUAAAUAAUGUUAUGAUUUAAAAUAAUCCGUGUAAUAAGUUUCAUCGCUAUCCCUAUUUGUUGAUGAUGUUGUAUAUUUAUAAUGGUAUUCGAAU